AUAUACCUCCCUCAGUCUUGAACUCAUGAACUGAGCUUGCGCGUUCACACUAUAUUUUUGAACUAAGGAACACUGAUAUUUAUAAAUUUUGAAAAGCUUUUUUAGGGGAGAAAAAAUUCAAUGGAGUUGGACCUAACACCUAAGGCAGCACAACCAUUGUUUGAAGGAGAUGGUGGUUGUUACUACAUUUGGUUAAGUUCUCAAGUUCCAGUUUUGGCUAAGACCAAUGUUGGUGCUGCCCAUCUUGUGCUUCACCCAGGAGGCUUAGCUCUUCCCCAUUAUGGAGAUUGUUCCAAAGUUGGUUACGUCGUAGAAGGGACUAAUGGUGUAGUUGGAAUGAUACUCCCCAGCACCGGAAAAGAAGUAGUUUUGAAGCUUAAGCAAGGAGACAUUGUACCAGUACCCAUUGGAGCUGUUUCAUGGUGGUUCAAUGAUGGUGACUCAGACUUUAAAAUUAUAUAUCUUGGGGAAACUUCAAAUGCUCUUGUUCCAGGGGAAUUCACAUAUUUUAUCCUAGGUGGUGUUCUAGGACUUUUAGGAAGUUUUUCUAGUGAAUUAAUAAGCAAAGUAUACAAUUUUAAUAAAGAUGAGGUGACCAAGCUAACACAAAGCCAAACUGGGGUUACAAUAAUCAAGUUAGAAAAAGGCCAACCUAUGCCUAAGCCACAAAUGGACCUAACUAAAGACCUUGUUUAUGACAUUGAUGCUAAAGCCCCAGAAAUUAAGGAAAAAAAUGUGGGAUUAGUCACAAGCUUAACGGAGAAAGAUUUUCCUUUUAUUAAGGAUGUUGGGUUAAGUGUGAUUAGGGUUAAACUUGAACCUAAUGCUAUUAAGGCACCUUCAAACCUAAUUACCCCUGGGAUUCAGCUAAUUUACAUUGCUAGAGGAAGUGGAAAAAUUGAAAUUGUGGGAAUCAAUGGAAAACGUGUCUUGGAUUCUCAAGUUAAGCCUGGUCAUUUGAUUGUUGUACCAAAGUUCUUUGUGAUUGCUCAAAUUGCAGGUGAAGAAGGAAUGGAGAGUUACUCUAUUGUGACAACUACCAAGCCUUUGUUUGAAGAGUUAGCCGGAGAUACAUCAGUUUGGGGAGCCUUAUCACCUACGGUGCAACAGGUGUCUUUCAAUGUGGAUUCCGAGUUUCAAAACCUUUUCAUAUCUAAGAGCACAAAAACCACAAAUCUCAUUCUCCCUACCAUUUAGUUUGGACUUGUUUAUAUAUUCAAAUAAAUUUCUUAUGUGUGGAAUUUGUUAUGUAAUUUGCUUGUUUGUUUUGAAUUAAUAAUAAACCCUCCCUAUAUGGUGGGUAAAGUUUGUGAAUGUUGUGUCUAACAUGAAUGUUGUAGAAGAG